AUGACAACAUGGAUUACUGAUUUCAUAGUUUACACCUCUAAUAAUAAAGAUUGCCCUGAUCACUUCAAUGGGUAUGAAAUGCACCUGCAAGAUCUUAACGAAAGUCAUGGCGGAAAAUUCAUAUAUGUCGGACGUAAACGUGAGAGAAUCAUCUCUGAAAAUCAUAAAAAUGCGGUAACUUCCUUACGGUUUCUCGCUUUCUCAGAUAAACAAAUAGAAAAACCAGUCGGUUGGGAAUUCUGGAAUUACCAUGACUUGAGCGAAGGUGCGGGAGGCAAAUUCAUUUAUAUGGUUUGGAAUAAGGGGGAAAAUGAGCUAAACCCUAUCAUAGAAAUCGAUUUUUGUGUCAGUGAAAGUAAGGAAAGUUAUGAAAGAAAGGGAAUAUCAAUUUCUAGUUCUCAAGGAUAUUCAGGUGUUUUUAAGAAAUCAAGUUUACGGAUUGUUGAAGAAUUAUUUGCCAUAAACACAAUUAAUUUAUCAGAAUAUAAAUUAGUGGUUAUGGAAGACCUUGAAGAACAGGGGUACAAAUGCGUAAGAGAAAUAUGGCGUUUGCUCUCCUUAGAUGACAGAGAGACUUUAAAAUCAAAGAUUAACCGUGCAAUCAAGAAUAUCCAUUCUGCUAAAUAUGUACAUGGUGAUAUGAGAAUUGAUAAUAUAAUGGCAAAAAUGUAUAAAACAGAAUGGUCAAUUAAAAUAGUUAACUUUGAUUGGGCAGGAACUUUAAAUGAAGCAAAGUACCCGUUAUCAAUUCUCGAUGAAAAAUACACAGAAUACCAUGAAGAUGCGCAUUAUGGUAGUCACAUUAAACAUGAACAUGACUUACACCUCAUUGAAAAGUCAUAUAUUCGUUAA